GUGAGUCUGUGAGUUUGGCGUGGUUUGGCGGGCGCUGAGUUCUCCUUCAGUGCAUUGUAGACUGUAUUGAAUAGUAAAUUUCAUAAGUUUCCGUAUUCAUCAUUAUACGUAUACUUACAUGACGUAUGCCUUAAAGUUUCUGAGUUAACUUACGAACCUAACGAAGAAGUGUCUACUUAUUCAAGAUUGUUUAAUGGCAGGAGAAGUUAUCGUUGACGCGCUACCCUAUAUCGAUCAAGGCUACGAUGAACCGGGAGUUAGAGAAGCAGCUUUGGCGAUGGUUGAAGAGGAAACACGUCGGUACAGGCCAACUAAGAAUUACUUGGAACACUUGCCGCCCUUGAAUAUAAUUGCUUUUGAAACAGAUGUAAUGAAACAUGAAUUUGAGAGAAUGCAGAACCGUUUACCCAUGGAAGUACUUAGCAUGAAACGUUACGAAUUACCUCCACCACCCCCAGGCAAGAUGAAUGAUCUUGCUGCAUGGAAUGAAAGUGUAGAGAAUAGUAGUGCUCAAUUGGAACAUCAAGCUACUAGAAUCUGUAAUCUCGAAUUAAUGAUGGAAUAUGGAUGUGAAGCUUGGAAGUCUUAUUUAGAAGUAUUAGUCCAGUUAGUGAGUGAAGCACAAAAACAGUUGCAGGCAUUGAGAAAACAGAUUCAAGAGGUCAAUUGGCAAAGAAAAUCAAUGCAGACUCAAGGAGGAGAAAAAUUGAGAGCAUUAGAAGCUCAGUGGGUCGGAUUGGUUUCAAAAAAUUAUGAAAUUGAACAGGCAUGUGUUCAUUUAGAAGAAGAAAUACAGAAAUCCAUGAUGAAUAAGGGUGAGGCUGUUGAGAUCAAUGACGUUCCAGGAGAAAAAGAACCUGAUGUACCAGGGAAAAGUGCUACAGAGGUUAUGGCUACAGAAAUGAUUCAACAGGAACAAGAAAAUGAAAGAAUCUGAAGCAUUGUGUUAAAACAAUUGUGUAAAUCUAUAAUUGUCUGUGUUUUAUAUAAAUGUGUAAAUAUAUUAACUACUUAA